AUGGCCAUCAAUUUCCACCAAGAGACUACUACAGUUUUUAUUUUCACCCAGCGCAAUGCAAACAUAGAUCAACAAGAAAUAAUACCGUCAAGACGCCAAACCAACACCACGGAGCUCGACAACACGAAAACAUGGCUGGCGAUGUCCGUCUUAGAACUGACAAUAUCGAAAGAGAAUCACGGCAGAAUGCUGAGCUGCGUAGCAGUGCAUGAAUCUUACUCUACUAGAUCUAGCAGCAUUGAAGUUAGAUUGGAUGUUAUGUUUGUUCCAGAAACUCGUUUGGUUGGCAUCCCAACCACUGACAUAGAAGACCUUAAAGACUCUAUAGCAAUUAGAUGCGUCGUGAGCGCAAAUCCUAAAGCUUCGGUUGUUUGGAGACGGGAAGGCCAAAAUCAACCGGCAAGUCUACAAGAGCUUUUGCAAUUUAGUCCGGCCAUCAGACAGCAUUCUGGAUUGUACACCUGCCAUGCCAGGAAUAAAGCCGGCGAUUCCGUACCCAUACGCGUCCAGAUUGAUGUUAAAUAUCGUCCCAAAGUGAUUAGCGUUGGACGAGAACGCGUCAAAACCUCCACCCUGUUUGCCCCGGUCAAUUUCGAAUGUCUGGGCGAAGGCAACCCACCGCCGACCUACCAGUGGAUCCAGAAGAAAACUUCGCAACAAUCGGACAGCGUCGUAGAACGCGGCAGGGAGGCCAAGCUACAGAUCAAAAACGUCACAUACGAGUAUCAGGGAGAAUGGAGGUGCAAGGCUACAAAUGUUAUUAAAGGAGAGGAACAGAGUGAUAUAAGUGAGCCCAUUAUACUUCAAGUACAUGGUGCCCCCCAAGUGUUGCGACACACAGCAGCGCGGGAAAUCUUCGUCGAAAGUGGACAAACCGUGGAUCUCAGCAUGGUCGUUUGCGCUGAUCCCAGACCGAGAUCGGUCGCAUGGGAAUGGGGCUCGCUUAGACUAGAAGCCGGCAAUGAGAUGGGAAAAUUCAAAGUGGACGACGUAACUCAAGAAGAGGGAGAAGAUUGCUAUUUAACCACACUCCACGUCAAAGAUACUUCAGCGACGGACUCGAGGACCUAUUAUUUGCUCGUGGAAAACGACAAGGGCAAGGAUAUGCAUGCCGUUCAAUUAUACGUGAAUGAGCCACUACAAAUGAGCACAUUGGUAAGCGUGGCCGGUGCUCUAUUAGUCGGUAUCCUCGUGUUGGUUUGCGCCUGCAUCUACGCAAUCAGAGCCGAAAAAUGUUGCUUUUCAAAUCGUCCCAAAGUGAUUAGCGUUGGACGAGAACGCGUCAAAACCUCCACCCUGUUUGCCCCGGUCAAUUUCGAAUGUCUGGGCGAAGGCAACCCACCGCCGACCUACCAGUGGAUCCAGAAGAAAACUUCGCAACAAUCGGACAGCGUCGUAGAACGCGGCAGGGAGGCCAAGCUACACAUCAAAAACGUCACAUACGAGUAUCAGGGAGAAUGGAGGUGCAAGGCUACAAAUGUUAUUAAAGGAGAGGAACAGAGUGAUAUAAGUGAGCCCAUUAUACUUCAAGUACAUGGUGCCCCCCAAGUGUUGCGACACACAGCAGCGCGGGAAAUCUUCGUCGAAAGUGGACAAACCGUGGAUCUCAGCAUGGUCGUUUGCGCUGAUCCCAGACCGAGAUCGGUCGCAUGGGAAUGGGGCUCGCUUAGACUAGAAGCCGGCAAUGAGAUGGGAAAAUUCAAAGUGGACGACGUAACUCAAGAAGAGGGAGAAGAUUGCUAUUUAACCACACUCCACGUCAAAGAUACUUCAGCGACGGACUCGAGGACCUAUUAUUUGCUCGUGGAAAACGACAAGGGCAAGGAUAUGCAUGCCGUUCAAUUAUACGUGAAUGGUGAGUAG